AUGGAAUACAGAAGACAAUGGGAAGCUGGUCUCAAAGAGAAUAUGAAAGUAACCUUGAUAACAUGGCAAUUCAUAUACUAUGUGUCUGGGACAACAAAGAGUUCAAGGGGUUUGAAGCACCAGGACACUGUUCAAACCAUUGUUCAAACCAUAGAGGGUGAUGAUGUGAUUGAUUGUGUUAACAUUAAUAAUCAACUUGCAUCCAACCAUCGUCCUAAAGAUGAUAAUACUAAAGAUUUAGAGAGAGAUGGUUACAAUACUACAGGUUGUUAUGACCAUGAUUGCGCUGGAUUUGUACAAAUUGAUUUCAGCAUUCAGCUUGGUCAACCCAUUUUUCCUUCCACUCUUGGAGGGCAAUUAACUUUCCUAACAAUUAUGGUCUACAAGGAUGAUGGUGAGGAUGGACACUGGUGGCUAUAUGUAAAUGGUAUUCUCAUAGGAUAUUUUCCUAAGAAUCUCUUCACUUCAUUGAGUGAAUAUGCUGAUAGAGUGGAUUUUGGUGGAGAGAUUCUUAAUAAGGAAAAUGAAGGUCACCACACAACUACUCAAAUGGGAAAUGGACUAUAUGCCCAUGAAAAUGGAACAAGUACUGUAUCUGAAAUUAAAGUUUAUGACCAAUACCGAAAUCCAGUUGAAGAAUUGCAUGAAGUUUUUAUCACAGAUAGUCCAUGUUAUGGUUUACUUGUUUUUGGUAAUUCUAUAUGUUACGGAGGAUCCGGUUAUUCUGAAAUCUGUCCUUAA